CACCAGAAACAAACCAUGCAUUUAUCAUAUGUUUGCGGUGAAAAUAGAAUCAUUAUUUUUCAAUUUGUUUGUUUUAUUUAUUCUUUUUGGUUUAAUAUUAAUCGACCUGGUCGUUUGUUGCUUGUUACUUUGCUAUACUCGCUUAUGACAAUCGAUUGGGUCAUCCUAAGAUGAAUUUAGAAUCCUCUAAUUUACCAAUUUUUAAUGAUGAAGAGAAUGUGUAUGAAUCUCUUCCUAGUCAUUACAGUUUCCAUAUUCACAUGGCCGCUGGUGCUCUUGCUGGUAUAGUUGAACAUUGUGUCAUGUUUCCAGUUGAUUCAGUCAAGACUCGGAUGCAAAGUCUUUAUCCAAGUCCUAAAGCAACUUAUAAAUCAGUGCCUGAAGCUUUAUAUAAAAUUGUCCGACAUGAGGGUAUAAAACGGCCAUUUCGAGGAGUUUCCGUGACGCUCAUUGGAGCUGGACCAGCUCAUGCAUUUUAUUUUUCAAUUUACGAAAAAGUAAAAAGAUCUAUUAGUGGUACAGAAACUGGAGGACAAAGUCCCGUAGCUCAAAUUGCCGCUGGAUGCUUAGCAACAAUCUUUCAUGAUGCAUGGAUGAAUCCGGCAGAAACAAUCAAACAGAGGCUUCAAAUAUACAAUAGUCAACAUAGUCGAGCAUUCCCGUGUUUUAUAUCGAUCUGUAAGAAUGAAGGAAUAAAAGCAUUUUAUCGGAGUUACACUACUCAGCUUUCCAUGAACAUACCUUUUCACUGUGUUCACCUUGUGGCUUAUGAAUAUUCUCAAGAAUUAUUGAAUCCAAAUAGACAAUAUAAUCCGACUACUCAUAUGGCAAGUGGAGCCAUUGGAGGUGCCGUUGCUAGUGCAAUAACAACACCACUGGAUGUGUGCAAAACUCUUCUCAACACACAAGACCCGAGAACAUUAAAAGUCUCCAAACAAGCUCGUAUAAAUGGUUUCUUUCAUGCCAUCGGAACAAUAUAUCAGUGCUGCGGUAUCAAAGGUUAUUUUAAUGGCUUACAAGCUCGUGUUAUUUAUUCAAUUCCAUCUACUGCGUUAUCCUGGUUAGCAUACGAAUCUUUUAAAGCGUUCCUUAAAUCAGAAUCCAAUUAAAAGUACUUAGUUAACGAUAAUCAACUUGUUAAUCCAAAGGAGACGUUGCUAUUCUUUUUCAUCAUCAUUUGUACCAGUUUCGUUAUACUUUGUGAUUUGUUUUCUCUCUUCGCUGCCGUCUAUCUUAGUGAGAUUCUACUGUCAUUUUUUGUAAUUACCAGGACUUAACUAUUUCACGGCAAACUUGUGCUAUUACUGUAUUUAUAUUUUGUACUCGAAGCAAUAUUGUUGCUCCCUGUAUCAUUUACUAUAACUACAAUGGUGAUGGUGAUCAUUACUAAGAGAAAAGCUCGUAGGCUAAAUUAGAUUACUUAUUAGUUCCUGGAACAAGGAAAUGUUUGAUGGAAAAUGUAAAUUGUUAUGUGAAGCUUCGACAGACUUAAUUUUGGUUAGACAAAACGAACUGAUUAGUCGUUUAACAAAAAUUUUCUCUGAGUGAAUUAGUGUGAUUUAUAAAUUUGUAAAAGAUUUCGACAAAUUUUGUAAUUAGUACUUUAAAAACUGAGAAUUGAAAUAUGAAACAAGAUUAUUGCUUAAAAGAGGAAAAAAGUCUUAUUACCAUCGUAAGAGAUCUAUGUAAAUAAGUCUUUAAAAAAGCUAAUAAAACCUCUUUAAAUGUAACUGUAUCAGUAAAAAAAUUAAUGCAAAUCAAUCAACAAAUUUGAACAAAAGGUGGUUUGAAUAAAAAGUAAUUAAUACAAUCAA